UCCAACAAAAAACUUCAAGAAGAAAUUAUAGAUGAAAAGAAUAAAAUAGUAGAAACUCUAAACAACUUUAAAUCCCCUUCUCAACUUUCAAUAGCCCCUGCAACUACACCAACACCAAAGACAAAUCGUAAAAGUCUUAUUAAGCAACCCUCAGUAAUCCUACCUCCCUCUCUACCUAGUUCUUCUUCACCUCAAGUUGUAAGUAAUCUGAUUGUAAGUUAUCUUCAAGAUAAUUCAGAUAGAAGUAAUGCUGGAUACUCAAUCAAGUUCAACAAAGCAGAAAAGAAGUAUGCUAUUGGUAACAAAGACAUUACAUUCGAUCAAAAUAUUAUCAAAGUUAAUAAUGAAGAAUACACAGCAACUGAAGGGUUGAUGGAGUUACUACUCAAAAAGUCUCCUGAUCUAAACAAGGUUACAACUGAAGAUUCUUCAAAUUACAAAAAAAUAUUAUUAUGCUCUAAUGCUCUGUACCAAGCUAAGACCCCAACUACAGCUGGAACAUCUUCAACAUCAGGAAGUUCUAUUUCUUUCAUACCAUCAAAUACCAACUCUCUAAUUGACUCAUUAAGACUAUCUAUUGGUUCAUAUCAGGCUGGUAACAAAGACGAGUAUAAUAAAAUCCAUGCAAUGUUAGAUGAACUAGUCAAACAGAAAGUAAUCAAGAAGAAAGACUUAGGGGUUAUUUAUUUGAAUAUUGGUAUGUAA